UUUUUUUUUUCCCUCUCUCUUUCUGUUUCUUUGUCUCUGCGUUGCCGUGGGACUUCCCGCCGAUAGUAUUUUGCCCUUUUUUCCCCUUCUUCCGUGGUACAAUUCCUCGGUGUGUGAUCUUCGUGCGACCAGAACUCUCAAACCUUGUCUGUGAAUUGCCGGAUCAGGUAAUUUCCACUUGGCGCCACGAUGAUGGAGUCUCGAGCUUCCCAAAGGCCUUUCUCGAAGCUCUGGCAGCGGAGCAUUGGCUUCCGAGGGACGAUCUUGGGCCUCAUUGCCAAGCGCGAAUCGGCUGUCAGCGUGCAGGAGUGGGUGGUCUGAUCUUGCGCUCUCUGUUUCGUCCUACACAGUAAUACCUCACUACCAGACGGCUUAAAGCAAAACUGGUCCAACUGCGUGGCAGCUGGUGAAAAAAAGUGCAGGUGAAAGAUUACAGCCAGCCCCUCCCUCCACUACCCCCGUGCCAGGGAAUGGACCACAUACCUACGCCCGAGCAUCCUUACCGACCCAUCCAUGUGCCUUGGUUGGGUGGAAGCCAGAAAUUCCAUAUCGAGUAUGAUGGCAAGGGAUUUCUCGAUUUCCCUUCGCGGCAUGGCUGGAACACGCAGAGUUUACAGGAUGCCGACUUUGAGGGCAAGGACGCUGCGCAAACAGCCGCCUUCGUCCAAGAAUGGCUCUACGUCGGAUUGAUCAGCUCCGUGUUCCAGGUAUGCGGCAUCACUUUCGACAGGCACCAUCUCAUCCGACACGCGUCGGGGUUCAGGACCAAGAAGAAGAAGCACAGAGCAUUCAUCACCACGCGAACGUUGGGCAAGAAAUUGCAGCAGUGGUACGACAAAGAAAAGUAUGCCUCGCCGCCCGUAAAGGCGGAGCAUGAGGGAGACAUCAGGUACAAUUUCGCAUUUGCCUCUGGAGUGCUGGAGGCCUUCAACCGGAAACUACGAACCGCGGCCAACGAUGCCGAAGCGACGUAUCUGCGCAGCUGUCUGCCCGGGGAAGUCGAACUCUCCGUCGUCAUUCUCCUGGCGACGAUCCAGUACUUCCACAUGGUCAUCUAUGACCCUCCAAGUAGACUGGUAGUCCCUACAUGCCCUUGGCUCUCGUCGGUCAUGGAGGGCGAAGGUUGGUGCGUAGGGCAAGUUGCCAAACUGUGGAGGCGACAUAGGAAUGCUUUGGCCAUGUAUUACUUCAAGAUGCUGGGUCCGCCAACCGUCAAGAAGGACCACUCCCGCUGUUCGAAAGGACGGUGCGCAGCCAAUGAUAUACUGGAAGAGGUGUACGUUACGGCGCACUGUCCCGUAGAGCCUUCCUUUAUGCACUUCCAAAUCCCGAAGAUGAUCACGAAACGCAUGAGUUGCAGAUGCGGUGGCCAGACGGGCCCGCCGAGCGAUCAACUCAUCGCCAUAAUCCAGGACGGGAACAUUCCCAUCAUAUCGGUUCGGUGUCCCACCACGACCCAGAAUGGGAAAUGGGACGAUUCGCUGGACCUUAAGGUCGUUGCAUAUACGGGGGACACCCCAUAUGUUGCCAUCUCCCACGUCUGGUCCGACGGAUUGGGCAAUCCGAGAGCCAACACGCUGCCUAUUUGCCAGCUGAAAGCUCUCAGAUCGCAGCUACAGUACAUGAUCCUCACCAACCCCGAGUACUUUGACGAUAUCUUCCCGGAAGGCUUGCACAUCCACAAGACGGCGCGUCUGGAGCGGGUAUACUUCUGGAUCGACACGCUGUGCGUCCCCGUCAGCAAUCUCGAAACGAGAAAGAAAGCCAUUCGCGACAUGCGCAGCGUCUAUGAAGCCGCAUCCGCUGUCUUGGUCAAGGACGCCGAGUUGAACGCCCAGAGCCGGUACUGCCCUAUCGAAGAGCUCAUGGCCCGCGUCUGCGUGUCUCCCUGGUGCGGCCGCCUGUGGACUCUGCAGGAAGGGGCCUUGAACGACCGGGUCUUUGUACAGACGUCCCACCGCGAGGUCGUCCCGCUCGAUGACUUGAACGAGCCGACGCGGGCGCUCGUUCUGCUGUCCGAUGAACUGCUCGAUGCCGAGUCGGCUGAUUUGGUCGACCGUGGUUCCCCGUCGGCAAACGGCGACAAUAAUAGUUCGUCGGAGCAGUUGGACUUUGCAGCCAAGUUUGCGGCCUGCCCCUCGGCUAUUCUAUCAGUGAACGUCCUCCCCUCCAGCAUCGGAUCCAACUCCAUUCUGCGCCAGACAAAAGCGGAAUUGUUCUCGCACAUAUUGACCGAGGUGCGGUGUAGGGAAACCAGCAAGGCCUCCGAUGAAGCAAUCUGCUUAACGACGUUGCUGGACGCCGGGGUGGAGGAUGUGCUGAGGGAGGACGGUGGUGAAAAACGGUGGACCGCCUUUUUAUCGGUUGUGGAGGACGUUAUUUCAGCGCGGAUUAUCUUUACCAACUUACCCAGGAUGGCCCUAAAGGGAUAUCAUUGGGCGCCACGGUCAUUUCUGAAUUCCGCCGAGGGAUCCGAGCUCUCAAGAGUCGUCAACGUCCACGGCUUUGAUCCAGGAAGCCACGAGUUCCAACACAAUUCGGACCUCGACGAGCCACACCACGCGCGACAGGUUUCCAGACCAGCCCGCAUUAGCGAGCGUGGGCUGAUGGUCUCGUCCCCAGGGUUUGCAUUCCGGCCGCUCGCGAACCCCUUGGCGUCCGAGUUCUGCUUCACCGAGGAAGACGGCGCCGUGACUUAUUGGUGCAUUACGGAAUAUUCCCGGGUUCACUUCGAAGCGUAUUUCGAGGACACUGCUGCGUUUCUGCCCGAGCAGCCAUGGGACGUCGUGAAGGCAGGGGCGUCUUCACGCCUGUCACUUGUCCUGGAGAACCACUUUUCGGACCCUCCUGCGCCGCUCCGGGGGGCGCUGUUGAUGGAUUGUACUGACGAGGCCAAGAUGGUCUACGGCACGUACCUGUGUCUUGUCCUUGUCAUCCGGACCACCAAAACUUACCGGCCGCCGGACUUUGAAUUGGCAAAGGAGAAAAUGGUCCAAAAUACGGAGCACGCCCAGUGGGAACUGGCCGUGGAGGCCAAGCUGAGCGGCCAGCAGGAGUGGUGCGUUGCAUAAUUUAAUGAUAGAAGGUAGCACCUAGCUGAGGGAAUAAGAGAUAUUCCCCAUACCUCUCUCAUGGAGAAAGGGCUCAAUAGUACUAGAGUAAAAACUGCUCGGAGCUCGCAUGCGACUCACCCCGAGCGUGCCGCUGUUAUAACCACCCACCCUCCUCUCACUGUCGCACUCACCUCGCUCACUUUCACACUCACCUUUCAUCCUGAACUGCUCUACCGCUCGCAGCGCCAGCGAGAAGCCAAAAUUAGCGGCGUUCCCUCUUCGACGCCUUUUCGACUUUCGACCACUUUCCUGUCCCCCCUCGCUCGAACGAACCAUCCCUUCUACCCAUGAAGUAUUAAAUCUCCCUUCCUGCCCUCUCGGGCCGCGAACUUUUCUCCUCCAGAAUGCGACCCUUCUUAAAUGGCGGUUCUACCAUUACCGUCACUCCAGCCCUCCCACAACGACAUCCUAGAGUCCAGUCAUUUCCACCAGCGUCAUGGGCCAGCUGAGCCAGCAGGAGCUUACGGCGGACGAACUGCUUGUCGCCCGUGCUGAAGCCAACGGUUACCAGAGAGGGGCACACAGAGAGGUCGACGAAGUUUGCGGCCGAGACGAGCAUGUCUCAAAGACAAUAAAGAACCAAGAUGCUACCCUCCGACGCUAUAUCCUAUGGCGUCUCAGUGCCAUGAAAAAAGGAUACGCACAGAAAGGUCUACCCCCUGGAAUGUUGCUUAAUAGGUCUAGUUUUGUGACAGGGGCGCCAGAUGCGGUAAGCGAAAUUAUCGGGUCCGAGCUCUUUGUUAUGGCACUCUCCCCCACAAAAGUCAAUUCAAAGUUCACUUGAUCGAAUUGCCCAACUUAAAGGCCCAGUAUGUCUCUUCCAACUAUUAUGAAGCGCAUUCAUGACAACCACCGGUAGAUCAUGAUGCAAGUUGCACAUGUCUGGAACAUUUCCUGCUCUGGUCAAUAUAGUCUGAUCGCAUCUUAGUAUCUGGCGCUGUCUGACUAGAGCUGAACCUUCGUAAUGUCCACCCCUAAUUUCCACAAUCGUUCGCAG